AGUAUAUAUAGCUUGGUCUGUUUAUUUAUAUAGUUCUGGAAAUGGGCCGAGGAGCGCGGCGUUGCCUAGUAUGGUAUGCUUAGUAUGGCAACAUACGGACCUCAAGCGUCAUGAUAUAUACGCCUUUAUAUCUGCCUGAAUUGUAUGACUUAAUGGACUUAAUCAAUGAUGACGGCUUCAUAACCAGCUCGAUGCCUCGUACAUCAGGCAUGAAAUGCUUAUAGUUAUAGCAAAAACACCACAGCUUUUCUGACUGCCAUCCGUGAUGAGGAAACCAAAUGCAAAGACGCGCUUCGAGGUAUUGGACGACAUAUAUACCCUACUCCCUUCUGGUAUUUAAAAAAGGGGCAGCGACCGAUCUCACGACGGUCAUUUUCAAGUCCGGCAAAACUUGCCAUGCGUAAAUGGCGAGCAGAGAACCAGGGAAGGAUAAUCAAGCAGAGGAAGAAUCAGACACCGCAACAAGUUGAGAUGGAUGAGAAUACGGCCCGGUUGGAUAUGAGAGAUUACCGAGUGGAGCGCAAGGAUGAGAUCAAGGCUCGCCAGGCUCGCCAGGAUGCUCGCACCCCAGAUGAAGGAAAAGGCAAGCGGAAUUGUCCAAGAUACGGAUGCAGAACUAUCGAGAGACAAAGUUUUUCAUCCCAAGAAGAAACGCCCAGUCCUUCGAAAAUCGAGCGAGAAAUACCAGAGGGCGUCGAGACAAGCGAUCAAGACCUCCACGUUCGAAAGUCGACGCGCUAUUUGUCGCGCUCUGAACCUGUACCUGCAGCUCUUAUAUACUACAGCUCCUAUAUACCGGACGUCCACGGCAUUGCGUCUGACAGCGGCUACAUCCUUGCAGCCGUCUCAGGUCCGGCACGAUCCGCUAGGGAUAUAGCGAUCCUGUGUUCCUAUACUUGGGCGUUUAAUGCCAAACAAACCAGUUUUGGUUUCUUAUUGACCAGUUCAGCCACCAGUGAAUAUAUACAUGGCAAACAAUGGCAUUAUAGGGCCAAGAACUAGAGGUAAACAAAGAACUACCUUACCCAGUUUGAUUCUUCACAAGGAUUCAUCUAUCUAAACAUGCAUGCCAAGGCAUCAUCAGGCUUUUCUUUGUUCUUAUAUAUGUCAUAUAUGAUGACUUUCUUUCAAUUCUGUGCCUAGAAGCUUGUUUUGAGCUUGUUGCCUACCCU